AUGGCCCACCAGACGUUUGACCUCCCCGACUCGACCGACUGGCUGACCACGCCACUGUCCCUCCUCGCGCCGCUCGAGUCCGCCCUGCGAUGUCAAGUCUGCAAGGACUUCUUCGAGAACCCCGUCAUCACCUCGUGCAGCCACACAUUCUGCUCAUUGUGCAUCCGCCGCUGUCUCAGCACGGAGGGAAAAUGUCCCGCGUGUCGCAGCUCGGACCAGGAGCUGAAGCUGCGGCAGAAUUGGGCGGUGCAGGAGCUCGUUGAGACGUUUCAGAAUGCGAGACCGAGCGUCUUGCAGCUAGCCACCCAGGCGGCGGCGGCGGCGGCGCAGCAAAAUAGUGAGGAGGGGGGUUUAGCGCGGGCAGCGAAGAAGCGGAAGGUAGAUGUGUCGGGGGAGCUCGGAGACGGGAUCGCGACUACUUCUACGGAGACAGAUAUUGCUGCGGUGAGGUCAGUGGAGGGGGUGCGGACGCGCUCGCAGGCGAGGGGGGGAGGUCCGACGCAGCAAGCUCCUGCAGAAGUGAUUGAGGUGAUCGACGAUAGUCAGGAUGAGGAGUUUGUUCAAGAUGGACUUGUCGCGUGUCCUGUAUGUCAGCGGAGGAUGAAGAACGAAGCCGUGUUCUCACAUCUUGAUAAAUGCACCGGAGAACCUGCACCACCCAAAGCUUCCCCCAAGACUUCCUUCGGCUCUCUACAAAUGCCGAUGUCUGCGCCAGUUCCAUACAGGAAUCCCAAGAACAAACCACUUGAGAGACUUCCAACCAUUAAUUAUUCUCUAUAUAAGGAGAGUAUGCUUCGGAAAAAGCUCAAAGAUCUGGGCAUCCCCAGUACAGGCCCACGGCCACUGCUGCAAAGACGCCAUACCGAAUGGGUGAAUCUGUGGAACGCUAAUUGCGACUCCAAGUCGCCUAAGCCUCAUGGAAUCUUGUUGCGUGAACUCGACAUCUGGGAACGAACUCAAGGCAACCAAUCUUCUUCAUCGUCCGAGGCUCCUGGAUCAAUCAUGCGCAAGGAUUUCGAUAAAGCUGCUUGGUCAUCAAGCCAUGAAGACGACUUCAAGAAACUCAUUGCCAAUGCUCGGCAAAAGAGUCGCGCGGCGGCGCGUACGACAACACCACAAGAAUCCGCUGCGUCGAGUACAAUGCAGAACACACCUGCUUCAGAGCCGACAGAUGCCUCGUUGCCAGCGGACACCACAGAUCCUCCCGACAGUGUGCCUGUAGAUGCCAGUAUGUCAGGUGCUGUAGCGCCCGAGACUCCACUGCCACCAGAGUCAUUCAAUGGCGGACUGACUGAAAUGCAUCACUAA